AUGGCGCAUAGUGGUGGUGUUCUCAGUUCGGAUAUAUCACGGAGAAAUCCACAAGAUGAAUAUGAAUUGGUGCACAGAAUCGGUUCGGGCACCUAUGGCGAUGUCUACAAGGCAAAGCGCCUCAACGGCAACGGUGAACUUGCUGCCAUCAAGGUGAUCAAACUAGAGCCGGGUGAUGACUUCGCCAUCAUUCAGCAAGAGAUCUUGAUGAUGAAGGACUGUCGUCACCCGAACAUCGUCGCGUAUUAUGGCUCGUAUCUGCGUAGAGAUAAGCUAUGGAUUUCUAUGGAGUAUUGUGGUGGAGGGAGUUUGCAGGAUAUCUACCACGUGACCGGGCCACUCACAGAAAUACAAAUCGCUUAUAUGUGCAGGGAGACCCUUACGGGGCUCUCAUAUCUGCACAGCAUGGGUAAAAUGCAUAGGGAUAUAAAAGGUGCGAACAUACUGCUGACUGAGUGCGGCGAUGUGAAGUUGGCCGAUUUCGGGGUAUCGGCUCAGAUUACAGCUACGAUUAAUAAGCGGAAAUCUUUCAUCGGGACUCCGUAUUGGAUGGCGCCAGAGGUCGCCGCGGUGGAAAGAAAAGGUGGUUAUAAUCAACUCUGUGAUAUUUGGGCUUGUGGUAUUACUGCUAUUGAAUUGGCAGAACUGCAACCUCCGAUGUUCGAAUUACACCCCAUGAGGGUGCUAUUUCUAAUGUCGAAAUCGGGAUUCAAACCGCCACAGCUGAAGGAUAGAGAACGAUGGUCCCAACUCUUCCACGGUUUUCUCAAGUUGGCUCUCACUAAGAACCCUAAGAAACGACCAACCGCUGAUAAACUUUUACAACACGCUUUCUUUCAACAAGAUAUGAAUAAGCGCCUCGCCAUAGAUCUAUUACAGAAGUACUCCAAUCCACCAUCGCAUUGCAAUAAUCAAGAGCUAGAUGAAGAUGGGGCGAUAUCGAACGUACCACAGCGUAUUGCAUCUAAGCACACUGGCCGUGGAGGGAGGAGGGUGUUGGCUGACCAACCGGCUAACAAUAUUAGGCCCAGGAGUCUGAUAGAUGAUGACAUCAUGACUGCCUCCAGAGUAAGGCUAAUGGAAGACAGUCGCGAACGACGCAGCGGCGUAUAUGACGAUUCGCCCAUCAUCGAUUUGGAUGCAGAUGAUGAUCUCAGCUUAACUUCAAUGCCCAAAGUGAUCAACUUCAGUGCUGAUCUCAAUAAUAGCGGCGACACCAUCAAACGAAACGCGUACCAUAGACAAACCAGUGAUGAGUGGAGUGUCGCAUCCCUAAUGACCUGCCCCAAACACAAUCCCCUGACUCAAGAACUAUCUUCAGAUUCUAUAUCCACCAGCGAAAAGAGCCUCUUGCAAUAUAUUGACGAAGAGUUAAUGCUCAGGGCAACACUACCACUGACAGCGGACACCGCCGCAAUGUCCCAAGCUGGCAACCUCUCGAUACACGACCACCAUUUGUCCCAGUGCAUCCAACUCAAGCAGAACUACCUAAACAAUUCCACUACGAACGUCUACCAAAGUCUAACGAGCUUCCAGACUCCCAUGGGCACAUCGAACGCCCACAUACCAUCCAUAGACGCGUUAUGCAGGAAAGACAGUGAAAUCAUGUACGCGGAUCAGCAGGAAACCGAUUCGCCACAGAUCAAUACGAACUGCGAAUGCGGCCUUUGCCCGAAACCGGAGUCGAAGGACGUGAACACGUUGAGCGAUCUACAACGAUCUGUGGCACCAAAAUGCUCUUGCGACUCUUGCAAUACAAACGGGGAUAUCCUCAGCUACUAUCGCCAGUGUCCAAACCAAAACCAAGAUUCGGGAAUCAUUUAUUGCGAGUUAUGCAAAAAGCAGAAAAUAUCCGUAUCGAAUUUUCGCGCUUUACAAAUUGCGAACCGACUCCAGAUUUCGGAAACCGGCCAGAUGGAGAACGGAGGUUCGGACGACGAGCUGUGUAGAAAGAUCGAUAUAAGCUUAAACAUGGAUGCGCAAGAGCACAGAAAGAGACACAAUAGGCACAAUUCGGAUUCGGUUACGGCCGGCAUUGAUCUAAAUCAGUUCUGCCAAUGUGAAUUUGAAGCGAGCAAACGAAAAACGUCGUCUGUCGAUGAGAUUUUCAAAAUGGCGGAGGACGGUAGCAGCAAACAGGAGUUGACGGAGGAGGAGGUAAAAACGAGUCAACGGCAAAGAAGUUUGUCGGAUAGUCAAAGGGAUAAGGCCAAGGUGGAUACAGAAGGUAAUGGUACGCCUCCUGUACCCCCUCGGAGAGCGAGGGGUAGACGAGUUCGAAGCCCCGUUAGACCAGCACCGAACGGUUUACCUCCAACGCCUAAAGUACUUAUGGGAGCGUGUUUCUCCAAGGUAUUUAAUGGUUGCCCUUUGAGGAUAAAUUGCACCGCAUCUUGGAUACACCCAGAUACAAGGGAUCAGCAUAUUCUAAUAGGCGCCGAAGAAGGCAUCUACACGUUGAAUUUGAACGAACUGCACGAAACUGCGAUGGACCAGUUAUGUCCGCGGCGCACAAUAUGGAUGCACGUUAUUAAAGAUGUCCUCAUGUCACUCUCUGGUAAAACGCCGUCACUGUAUAGACAUGAACUGCUGGCUUUGACGGGAAGUGGUCGGGCCGGAGCCGGUCGUUCACUUCGUGUGCUGCCACCGCGGCUCUUGCCACGGCGGUUCGCACCUUCAACUCGAGUACCUGAUACCAGAGGCUGUACCGUAUGCGCAGUCGUACGGAAUCCGUACAAUGGCUACAAAUACUUAUGCGGAGCGACGCCGGCUGGACUGUUUUUGAUGCAAUGGUACGAUCCGCUGCGGAAGUUCAUGCUGCUCAAGAAUAUAGAGUGCGUCCUGCCCUCGCCUCUGCUCGCCUUCGAGUUAAUCAUCACUCCGGAGUUGGAAUACCCCCUACUAUGCGUAGGAGUGACUCGAAAGCCAAUAAGACUUAAUCUUAUUAAUAUAAAUUCGGGCGCAACGUGGUUCCAUUCGGAUGAACUGGAAGUGAGGCCGGGCGGGUCUAACACUGUGAUACCAAGACCAGAAAGACUUCACACCCUCAGGGCUGUGCACCAGUUGAAUAAGGACGCUGUUCUGGUUUGUCAUGAGAACGUAGUGGACAUCAUACCAGUGCUGCCGGGUUUCGACCCUCGACGGCAAGACGAGAGGAAACGAAAUAAGUUACCUCAGCGACUGCAGUUCGACUUCCAAAUUGAUAGCAUACUUUGUCUAGCGGACUCGGUGCUAGCGUUUCACCGAAACGGGAUGCAGGGCAGAUCGCUACGAAACGCCGAGGUCACCCAAGAAAUUGUCGAUCACUCACGCGCAUACCGAUUGGUUGGACAUGAUAAAGUGGUGGUUCUAGAAUCCCACGUUCUCCAAAAUAACACACUGUCUGGCGAGGAUGGCAACGACCUUUACAUAUUAGCUGGACACGAAGCGUCAUAUUAG